UGACGGAACCGCCGAGCUAUGAUAGUUCCCGGGUUACCGCCAACUCUACGCAAGGCUGUGCAUUUUGCUCAGAGCUUCAGUCGGUGUCGCGUGACACGUGAUAUUUGGAAGUCCGAUCAGUGUCGAACGUUUAGCAAAAGGUCGGAGCAGACUGACAGCAAUGGCAAGAAGAUACCGCGGCCAAAAACAGAACCGAUUCCGAAGAUCACGCUCUUGUCGCUGGACAACUCGACCACUGUGACCGUGCUGGAAGUGGCUCAACGUUUGGCGAAACGGCGCAACCUUACCCUCAUUAAGGUCAGCGACCUCGAGGGUACGAUGCAGCGACCACUCUAUAAGUUAAUGAACAACACCAACAUUCUCGAACACCUCGAGAAGACCGAAGAGGAUACUCGGAACACCGACAAGGCCGUGCAGAAGUCGAGCAAGGGCGCUAAAUUAUACUACAUAUCCGCGAAGAUCACUGAACAUGACCUGUGGACGAAGACGAAGAACAUGAUGAAAUUGUUGAACAAGGGCCACAAAGUCAAGGUUGCCAUCACUCUAGACGGUGCCGACGGGGGUAAGGUGCAAAGAGUCGUCGAGGAUGUUGUAAGAAAUGAUGGCAGUAUCCAGCAAAUGCCAUCAAAGAAGAAUGUAAUUUUACUCUUAAUAACUCCUUCGCAUAAGAAUGAAGAUGUUUCUGUAAAUAAUAAAGAUGAGACUGACAACUCCAGUAUAGCUAAUAAUGAAAGAGGUACGUGAGAUUUGUUGAAUUCGAAUAGUAUAAAUAUAGACAGAUGAAAUCAGAAUUUAUCGCUGUUGAC